CUAGUCCAGCCAGGCUUGGUUUGGCGGGUAGGUCACGUGACCAAACAGUGCAUGCGAGUGGAGCGAGUGUGGUACGACGUAUGUAAUGUUUUGUGGCCUACGAUGUGGGCUGCCCUCAAACUUCCUUCGUCGUUCUAUCCUUGAUGUUGUGGGGCAUGUCAGUAAUCUACUACUGUGAUAAGAGCCUACAUCUUCAUCUGCAAGGAUGAGCACAUUUAAAACUGAGCGAGUGGCUCGUCGCCGCUUGCCUGUGGCAGAGCUCCAUCCGCACUUGAUGUGCGUUUUGUGUGGUGGUUACUAUGUGGACGCCACAACCAUCAUUGAGUGCCUCCAUUCCUUUUGUAAGAGCUGCUUGGUGCGGCAUCUUGAAACCAGUAAAUACUGCCCCAUUUGUGAAGUUCAAGUUCACAAAACUAAACCACUCCUCAACAUCAGACCGGAUGAAACUUUACAAACCAUGGUGUACAAAUUGGUUCCAGGACUUUUUCAGAGAGAAAUGAAAUUUCGCCAAGAGUUUUAUGCUAAGCACCCAGAAGCACCACCCUCCUCGCCUGAAGAUAGAGGAAUUGUUGAUCCCAUUGAGUGUCAAUUUUAUUCUCCUGAUGAGCCUGUCAGUUUGUCUUUAGAAUACAAGCAUGAUGCCGUAUCAAAUAAUAAUGGUAUCUACAAACGUUAUCUUCGAUGUCCUGCUGCUGUCACAGUUGCUCACCUCCAGAAGUUAGUUCGAAACAAAUACGAUUUGUCACCAGCUCAUCAAGUUGAUGUUAUGUUCAAUGACAAAAUUCUGAAGCCUGAUAUCAGUAUCAUGGAUGUCGCUUACUCAUUUCACAGAAAAAGAAAAGAACAGUUUAACUUUACUUACCACAUUCUUGAGGCUCCAUGCAAGAAAAGGAAAGUGGAAGAAAUAAGAGCAGAAGCUCCCGAACAGAUGGAAGUAGAUCCGCCUCCCCCUACUUUGAUUUCAUCUCUGCCUGCUGUACCUGUCAAAGCUACAAGUUCCCCUCAACCAGAGAGUAAAUCAAAGCUUGAUUCCAUCAUAUCACGACUAGGCAUUGCAAAGAAAACUGCAGAUGUUCUUAAAAAAGACAAAAGUUCCAAUGAGUGGAAAGAGGUGCAGUUGCAGAUAAGUGAAAGUGGAGUAAUGAGUGUCACAGACAUAAGUUCUAUUGAUAAACUCAUUAACUCUAAUGACAAGAAUCUUAAACCAUCUGUCUCCAAAAGUAUCAUUGCCCAAAAGGUUGAUGCUAAAAGUGAUGAAAUAAAGUCUGAUGGUGAACCAAAACCAAAGGAAAAUUGUUCUCCAUCUCUAGACAAGAUUGGCAACAGUGCCAAAUCAAGCAACCAUGAUGAUAAAGAAGUCAAAGAUAUUGAAUCUGUCAGAGAAAUUGAACCAACAAAGGCUAUUAAACACCCUAAGGAUGAUCCUGUUGUAAAAGUGACCUCUGACAGGAAAGAUGAUGAAAAGAAGCUCUCCAAGCCUGAAUUAUCUGACCAGAAGACUUUGACUCCAGCAAAGACUUGUUCACAAUCAAAAGAACUUGCAGUUAUGUGUAUUUCUCAACAGAAGAAACCUAUUGAAAAGGUUUCUGUUCCCACCAUUUCCACUCUGCCAAGUAGCUCACAGUCAAAUGUACCUUCAGUGAGUGGCAUUGCAGCUGCUGCAUCCACCUGUAUCACAUCCAAGUCGUGCACAGCCACCCUAGUGACAAGUCACAGCAUUGUUGUUUCUGCUGCAUCUUCAGUAAGCUCAAGCUCAAGUAUCACUUCAGCAUCAAAAGGUGUGACAAAACCAACAACUUCUACAAAUUCAGCCCUGAUAACCACUACUCCGAUGAAAAUAGCUCCAGUGCCAAUCGCCAAACCAGCUCCAACGGCUCUACCUUCCAAAAAAUCCAGCUCAUCUCCUGUUGGCUACAAAACUCUGAAAUGUGGGCCAAAGAAUUGGAAUCCAACUAUAUCAAGAAACAGUUUUCUUUCUUCAAAGGCAGAUCAGCAGCCCCAGCAGCAGGGAAGCAGUUCAGCCUCCGGCAGCGGUCAAGGAGGGCCUGCAAAACCUGCAACUCCUGCCAAGUUUUUCAAAGUGCGGAACACUCCUCGUUUUCUUGGCAAUCCUGCAUCAGGGGUUAAAGCUAUGUACCAAAUUCCUGAAAGCAAACCUCAAACCCCUCCACCUGCUAAGUCUCCAUCUGUCAUGAAAUUAGAUCCUAGAACUCUAACGCCCAUAGUUUCAAAUGCGCCGUCUUUAACAUCCAAGUCAUCUCCAACGCAGCCAAAAACAAGGCCUCCUUUCCCUUCUACAACACUCUCCGCUCAAGUUAGUAAUCAUAUGCCUUCAUCCAGGGUUGUAGCAACGACAACAACAACCACCUCUAGCUCUGUAACUAAACAUACAGAUCUCUCCAGCUUACGGAACUCUCCAAAUCAGCUGCUAGUAAAUUCAUUCCCUUUUGCUCACAAUCCCUUCCUGCCCAAAGGAAUGCCAAACUUUAUGUAUGGACCUGGUCUUCAUCCAACUAAUGCUCAAUUUGCAAGUUUAUUGAGUCCUGGUUUGGGAUAUCCUCCAGUAACAGCAAGUGGUUAUCAUCAAGCUCUACCUCAGCCUGCUAGUAUAUUAUUUAAUAGUCACACAUUGCAUCGUCAACUCAACCCAUCAUCACCUUGCAGUCCGACUGGAUACCCUACAUCUCUUCCAUCUCCAUCGUCAAUGUCCCUUUCCCCGCCGUCGUCAUCAGUCUCUUCAUCGUCGCUGUCAUCGAAAUCAUAUUCUGCUGGUCAGAGAACUGUUUCAAUAAGUGAGAAAGUAUCAAUUGCUUCCAGCUCACAAUCUUCACCCAGUCGAAGUAGUCGAAAUAAUGCAACCGUAUCAGGUUUGGGUACACAAGGAUCUGCUAAAGUCAAUGGUUCAGACCAAAUGAAAAAGCCAUCAGGAAACGAGGAGAAGACAUCGCUUUUGCCAAGUGAAGAGACCAAAGCCAAAGCAGCUGCAUCUAAAGAUGUUGAAACGUCAACUCCCAGUUUAAGUGAUAAUAACAACACCCUUCCCAUAUCAAGGGCCAAACAGUCAGAAAAGCUGGAUCCUGGAAAAUUACCACUAGAUGUGUCCAAUUUAGUGUCAAAAGAAUCUGUAAAAUUAGCUGAUGAUCAGUUAAUUACAAGACCAAAAACAUCAUCUAGCACAUCAGUUCAAGCUCAACAGUCAUGAAGUCUUGCUCAGUGUGACAAGACUCCUGAAGUGCCUUUCAUAUGAUUUGUGUGUACUUCUGGAAGGGUUUGGUGUGGUGAAUGGAAAAAAAUAUUAUGGGCUGUGCCCCUUGUACAAUGAUCUAAGUACUCAAGUUUUUUAAUGUAUCAACUUUUUAAAGUGUUUUGAUUUUUUUUUUCUCAAGAGAGAAGCGUUUUGCACGUGUGCACUUUACUUUCACAGUACAAAGGUGUGUAUGUUAUUAACAUAUGAUGGUGGAGGAUUACCACACCCAAUUUUCAACUAAUCAUCACUUUUAUUGCAUGCAUUGGCAGUAAUAUAAAUAGUAUACUUUAUAAUUUUAGAUAUAUUUUGUAUGUUGUUGAUAAUGUUGUUGUUAUAUGUAGCUCCCCAGUUAAAAGUAAAUUAAUUUGGAUUACCAAGUGCUCAAUGAAUUGGCAAUGAAUGUUAAAUGUAAAUGUGUGUAUAUUUCUUCAAACUUAAUAUUUCUUCUUGUAAUACAGGGCCUAGCAAAGUGGUGAUUGUGAUUGAUAUUUCAUUCUCUAUAUACCGGUAUAUAGAAGCAAAGUGCAGUUUUUUGAUGCUUCUAAUAUUUGUUAAUAUUUUUGUGCAAAUGUAUUUAUAUUACUGGCGUUAGUUACAUCUGUAUCAGUCUUGUUUUCUUCAAUCGGUUAGGGUUUUUCACAAUAAGGGAAUCUUUUUACCAUCUCUAUGGUACCCUGUCUUUCUCUUAUCCUCCCAAUGUGAUAUUUGUGUUACACAAAGAUUUAACCUCUAUCCAACUCAGUGGUUGGUUUUAAUCAUGUUUGUUUCUUUUAGAUAAGUGUGGCCCCUCUAGUUAAACCUGAAUUCAGCGUUCAGCAAAUUUUUAAGAGGGAAGGAAUAAAAUCAGCUCACUAGAUUAAAUUUUUCCUUGUGCCUUGUACGAUAACUGCAACAAUUAAUUUGGAGUCUUCCUUACACAGCAUUUCACAUUGGCUGUCACAAACGUGGACCUUUUAACUGUUAUCAACCAUAUUCUAUGGUUUCUAUUUACCAGUUUGUUACAAUAAUAUAUUUUUAUAGAAAUGUUUUAGGAACACAGCGCAAUAAAUUUGUAUUUGGUGGACCUACAGACAGGGUAAUUUGCAUGUAUUGCAAAAUUAAUAACUGUCUCUUUUAUCUUUACUUAACUUUUUAGAUCAACAAACUCAAAAACAUGUUAUGAUGAAUCAAUUUAAUGUGGACAAACUAUCAAAAAGUACUGAUAUUUGACCUGUGAUAGGAGCUGUUUAUAAAUUGGGGUGCUGACUUAUGAACAGCCCUUACUCACACAAUAUUCUCAGAUUGAUUUUGUAGAAAGAUUGAGUGCAAAUUAUGCUAUGGGCCCUGCUUUCAUAAUUUUAAACAAUGAAUGUGCCUUUGAAAGAGUGUGUUAUGCCUUGACUUUCCAAUAGAAAAUAGGACUCUGAAUGUGGGCCUUCUGGGUUAUACUCCUGUUUUCGGUGAAUCUCCUUCCUUUUACGAUUGUAAUGUGGAAAGGCUAGAAGUUUCUGUACAUGAUAUAUAUUGUGAGUUCAUUGAGGUUUUGUGCAGUGCUGCUUUGGCACAUUGAAACAUAAUGAAUGUGAAUGUGUGCCUUCCUUUAUGUUCAUACUUAUGUUUUCUGUGAAUCUCGCUCUUGAUCAAUUUGCAUGUUUAAAAUUUUCUGUGCAUGACAAGCAUUAUGUGAGUAUUUUGGUGCCUUGUAACAUGACCUCAGGUGACGGAAACAAUUGCUUUGGGCUCUUAUGAACUGCAUUAAGUUAUCAUGGUACAUUUGAAAGAAGCAACUUUACAGUACUUGCUUACAAAAUGUAAUUCUGCCUGCUAGAUUAAUUCCUGAGCUUCAUUCAAGCACAUCAGUACAUUUAUUCAUCCAUCCUAACCCAGUUGUCGACCACAAUCAAUAUUGUUUGAAAUGAACUCCCCGGUUCACCUUUGAAUCAGUUUUAUCUUUGCAGCUUAGAUAUUUUCUAGUCUUCUUAAAGUAUAAUUUUUUGGUAAAUCACCUUUUUUUUGUAAAUUUUCUUCAAGUUUGUAUGUAAGUUAAAAAAUGAUCAAUGUAUAUUUUGUAAAUGUGUGCCAAUUUUUUUUAGAUUUUAUGCAUAUGUAUUUUUAUGUUCAGUUAAAUGCUUUGUUUUCAAUAAAUAGAAAAGGAAAUCUCUUAA